AUGGAGACACAAUAAGUGUAAUGGAAUUAUAAUGAAGAUUCAAGUUUUUUGGAGCCAAAAUAUUUCCUUAUAGUUGUGUUCCUUUGCUUUAUAAUCUAUUUUUUUUUGAAGAAUAAUAAAGAUGACAAAGGAUAACCUAUUAAGGUAAUUUGUUUCUGAAUUCAAACAAGGAUGGAGUAUGGAGGAAAUUCGCUUUUUCAUAUUAAGAAUUGAUGAAUACAUUUGACACCUCUGAGAGGGAACUUCUCAAGCAUACUUUUCAUAAUACUAUUUUUAAUACAGAAGCUUCUCGAGCCACUAAUUAUAUAAAGAAACCUAGCAAAAAGAAAAGUAAUGUGUCUUUUGCUUUAGAUAAAAAUGUUACUCAUAUGUUUUAAUAAAAUGGGUAUUGAG